AUGUACCUUCACGUAAACCCUAAGUGGUGGAAGAGGCACUCGGUAGUAGAACGUGGCCUCACGUUUACCAUCGGUUUCUUGUUAGCCGUCAACAAUGUUGAGAAUUGCGAGGCUGUUCCCAUCAUACAUCUUUCUUCAUUAUCAAAGGUAAAUGGCGUUACGACUCAGGGUGAAAACAUCGCAGACAACGGAGGCAUCAAAGCAGCCUAUCUGGCCUACAACGAAUGGACAGCUUCAUCGAUAUUGGAAAACAUGGAUCCAACAGUCGAGCCCUGCGACGAUUUCUACAGAUUUGCUUGCGGAGGUUUCCUUAGGGACACGAUGAUACCGGACGAUAAGACGAGCGUCAACACUUUUAGCAUCAUCAGCGACAAGCUGCAAAAGCAGCUCAGAGCCAGUAUCGAAGAGGAGAGCAAACCUGACGACCCAAGGCCAUUCAAACUCCUCAAGACCUACUACCAGAACUGCAUGAACACAACCCAUAUCGAAGAAGAAGGUAUGGAUCCAUUGCACCGAAAUCUGAAGGAAUUGGGUGGGUGGCCAGUUCUGAUGAUAAAUUCUUGGGUCGAAGAAAACUGGAGCUGGAAGGAUACCGUCUAUAAACUACGCAAUAAGGGCUACUCGAUUAAUUAUUUCAUCAACAUUCGCAUCGAUUCCGAUUACAAAAACAGUUCAAAGAACAUUAUCUAUUUGGAUCAAGCAACACUGGGUAUGUCACGCAAGUACCUGUCACGUGGCUUAAGAGAUAAAAUCGUAAAAGCUUACUUCAAUUACAUGGUCGACAUUGCCCAAAUCCUCGGAGCCGAUCGAGACUACGCCGCUGAGCAACUCAAGGAGUCACUGGAGUUUGAAAUCAAACUCGCCAACAUAUCACUUCCGAGUGAGAAACGGCGCAACAUCACGGCUCUGUACAACCCAAUGACCAUAGCCGAGCUGUCCAAGCGAUUCCCGUCCAUACCUUGGAUGGAGUACUUCAACACCAUAUUGGCACCAAUAACUAGCGUCACAGAAGAUGAGGUUGUCGUCGUAAAAGCACCUAGUUUUAUCACAGAACUUGAGAAGUUACUUGUACAGACGCCCAAACGAGUACUGGCGAACUACUUAAUGUGGCGCGUUGCUGACAGUUCUGUUAGCUACCUGAACGACGAGAUCAGGAAACAGCAGUUUGAAUUCUUUAAAAUUGUUGAAGGGAAAACCGAGCGCGAAUCACGAUGGAAGAAGUGCACUAAUUCAGUAAGUUCCCGCUUUUCAACAAUCGUGGGUGCGCUCUACGUAAGGAAGUACUUCAAUGGAAAUGCAAAGAAUGAUGCCAUCGAGAUGGUUUCGCAAAUCAGGACUCAGUUCAUAAAAAUCCUGCAUACAAUCGACUGGAUGGACAACAAAACGAGAGAGGCUGCGCUGGAAAAAGCCCAAUCCAUGACCACUUAUAUAGCGUAUCCGGACGAGCUGCUCGACGACAAGAAGCUGAAGAAAUUUUACAAAAAGCUGGAGAUUUCAUCGGGCAGUUACCUCGAAAGUGCCCUAAACUUGUCGCGCUUUCGUAAAAAUAACACCUUUGAGGCACUAAGAAAACCAGUCAACAAGAGCGAGUGGAUCAGCCACAGCAAAUCUGCCAUUGUCAACGCGUUUUACAGCCCCACCAAGAAUAGUAUACGACAAUCUCUUAAGGGAUUGAAAAUGGGGUUAAAAGUAAAUGGCGUUACGACUCAGGGUGAAAACAUCGCAGACAACGGAGGCAUCAAAGCAGCCUAUCUGGCCUACAACGAAUGGGUGAGACGAAAUGGUCCCGAAGCUCAACUUCCCGGUCUUAAUUACACUGGCCGACAGAUGUUCUGGUUGAGCGCGGCCAACACUUGGUGCAGUAAAUUCCGGCCUGAGAAGCUCAAACUGCGUAUCACCACUAGAGUACACAGUCCCCCCGAGUUUCGGGUCCUCGGACCCAUGUCCAAUAUGCCCGAGUUUUCCAAAGAUUUUAACUGUCCGCUGGGCACAAAAAUGAAUCCCAAGGAUAAGUGCGCUGUGUGGUAA